GAAGUUAUAGAGAUGGCGUGUGCAUAUAAAAUCUUGGACGGGGAUGGCCCCAAGCAUAUGAGACAUGGCAGCCGUUAAGACUGUUUCGUCGUUCAUACCGGGCACGUGUACAAAACAGGCAUAAGCAGUAGACAGUUUUCUAUCAAUAAAAAUUAUAAGUUACUUAAUCAAAAUAUGUGUGGGAUAUUUUGUUUGAUUAAUUGUGCAAAGCACGAUAAAAAUCUUUCAAUUAAUCAUGAAUCACGGGAGUGGUCAUUAUGCAAAGAUGUUAUAUCAGCAAGGGGACCAGACGGUUUAAAUAGUCUAACACAAGGCCUGUCAGAAUGGUGGCAUGGUCAAUUCUAUGCAAGCAUAUUAUGGAUGCAAGGUGCAAAACCCAUUUCACAACCACUAGUUGACAAUGACUCCAAUAUACUUUUAUGGAACGGAGACGUAUUUUCUGGUGACUUGUUUCAAGAAGGGAUUUGUGAUAGUGAACAAGUUUUGUCAAAGUUGAGUAUUACAAAUGACAUUUAUUCAAUUUUAAAAAAUAUUAAGGGCCCCUUUAGUAUUAUUUAUUAUCAAAGUUCUUCAAACUUAUUAUAUUUUGCAAGAGACAAGUUUGGCAGGCAUAGCUUAUUAUCCAAAAUAACUGAAAAUUCACUUUUUUUAACAUCUGUUGCGGUUAAGAGUUUAGAAAAUAUUAUAGAAUUGCCAGCUGUUGGGCUGUAUGUUGCUGAUUUGAAUGAAAAAAAAAUAAAAAUAAAAUGUCUUCCGUGGAAUAAACCAAAUAAGAGACUUAUUAAUAUUAUAAAUAGUUUUAAAGAGAAUUACAACGUUGAUAUAACAGUUGAAAUACCAUAUAGUGUGUUACUUGUAGAAAACUCAGUUAUAGAUAGUUCAUCUACAUCUAAAAUGGGAUUUUUAAAAUACCUAGACUAUUUUGAGGACUCCAACAAGUUUGAUGAAAUAAUGGAAUAUUUUUUGAAGCAAAAGGAUAUUAAUCAAAUUGUAAAUGAUUUAUUAAAAUUAUUAAAUGAAUCAGUUAGAAGAAGAGUAAAGAUAAUUCCUGAUUUGUGUAGAAAUUGUACAAAACUUAUUUAUACUAAUGUUGCUAAAUGUCAACAUACAAAAGUUGGUAUUUUAUAUUCUGGAGGUUUAGAUUCAGCUAUUUUGGCUGCUAUAGCUCAUAAUCAUGUUCCAGUUGACGAAACUAUAGAUUUGAUUAAUGUAGCAUUUGAAAAGAAAAACAAUGCUAAUUAUGAAGUUCCAGAUAGAAAAACUGGAAGACAAACUUUUAAUGAGUUAUUAAAAAUUUGUUCAAACAGGAAAUUUAAUUUAAUUGAGGUCAAUGUCUCACAAGAAGAAUUGCAAAGAAAAAGAUCCACUAAAAUUUCUGAUUUAGUUUAUCCACAUGCUACUAUUCUAGAUGAUAGCCUGGCAUGUGCUGUUUGGUUCGCUAGUAGAGCAAAGGGAAAAAUCAAUUUAGAAAAUCAAUCUUAUGAAUCAACUUGCAGAGUUCUUUUACUUGGUAUGGGAGCUGAUGAACAAUUUGGUGGUUACAUGAGACAUAGAACAAUUUUAAAACGUAAUGGCUGGGAUGCUGUGAAAGAAGAGUUGCAAUUGGAAUUUGAUAGAAUUUCUGAGAGAAAUUUAGGAAGAGAUGACCGAAUGGUUGCAGAUCAUGGCAGACAAUCUAGAUUACCUUAUUUGGAUGAAGAUUUUGUUGACUAUGUGCAACAGCUUUUACCAUGGGAAAGGUGUUGUCCGACAGAAAAAUUUCCACCAGGUUUAGGCGAUAAGUUAAUAUUACGCUUAGUAGCUCGAAAAAUAAAACUUCAUGAGGCAGCAAAAUUGCUAAAGCGAGCAUUUCAAUUUGGUUCGCGAAUAGCUGAUGGCAAAGAGAACGCCAAGGAUAUAUCAAAACGAUUGUAAAUCGAUG